AAGUGAAUGUUAUUUGUGACAAGGCUAUGGGUUUUUUUGGUUUGUUUUGGGCUGAGGGCAUUUUUUUGGUUUUGAACACUCCUUGCAACUUUUACCACUUAGAAAUAAUUCCUUUUCUUUGUUUCAUGAAUUAGAAACAAUGAAGAAAAGCUGAAGUCUGCUUAGGCCAGGUGUUUCUUGUUGGCAGGCUGUUCUCUAAUGACUCUGGCUCUCAUACAGCAGCUGCCUGCUAGUCUCUUUUGUAUGGGCUAUUGUUGUAGCACACCCCUUAUUAUUAUACAUGCUGCCAGGGGCAGACCUAAGAAUGACAUCAGCUUGCUUCUCUUAGAAAUCUACAAACCUGACGUAGGGUGGAGAGUUUGCCGUGCAUCUGCCUGGCCAACUAAUUGUGAAUCUUUCCUGCACUGUGAUUGGUGGUUCUUCUGCUCAGUAAUAGGUUAAGCAAAAACCUACUCCAUCUGGCCAACCAUUCAUUGUUCUGUUUGCCUGCCUGGAAGUUUGAAGCUGAAGUUGUAUUAAGGAGUACUUUUGGAACUGCUGCAAAACGCUUGUGAUUGUUAUAUUUGUGCUGGCCAGAAGGACGGCGGGAUACUUUGUACACAGAAAAACCAACAAAGUGGAGUCAACCACAUGCAGCAGCAGCUUCAUGGGCUUGAAGGAUCAUUUGAAGCAUGACCUUGGGCACCUCUAUGAGGAUACACCAGAGACUCAAAUAAGUGCAAUAGCACCUUGGUCAAUGAUACAAAAACCAACCAUGGAUAAAAUUAAUUCUAGAAAGGGGGAUCCUAAGAAAGAACUGUCUGAAGAAAUGGGAACCUUCAGUCGUGAUUCUGAGAAAAAUACAAAUUCUGAUAAUGAAUUGGGAAAAGCAACUAAAAUUAGAACAGAACCAUUCUCCUUAUCUAAGGAUCACAGACAGACGUAUCCCUCUUUAGAACCACAUAUACUAAAGCGCAAUGAAAUUUUACAAGACAUUAAGUUAGAGGAAGUUCAGAUAGGAACUAAAGAAAUUAAAAAGCCUCCUGAUAUGGUGAAAGAAUAUCAAACCAAACUUGACUUUGCACUUAAGUUAGGUUACUCAGAAGAGCAAGUUCAACUUGUGCUAAAUAAACUUGGUACUGAUGCUUUAAUCAAUGAUAUAUUGGGGGAACUGGUCAAACUUGGAAAUAAAACUGAGGCAGAUCAGAGUGUAAGUUCUAUUAACCCUAGUGUAAUGCGAGAAGCAUCUUCCGUUGACUCUCAAAGAUCUGACUCUCCUCUUCAGGAAGAUGUGCUUGUGGAUGGUGACAACCUGAGGCCAAUAGUUAUUGAUGGCAGCAAUGUGGCAAUGAGCCAUGGAAACAAAGAAGUCUUCUCUUGUCGUGGGAUAAAACUGGCCGUGGACUGGUUUUUGGAAAGAGGACACAAAGAUGUCACAGUGUUUGUACCAGCAUGGAGAAAAGAACAGUCUCGACCAGAUGCACUCAUUACAGAUCAAGAAAUAUUGCGUAAAUUAGAAAAAGAGAAAAUCCUGGUGUUCACCCCAUCACGGCGAGUUCAAGGGAGAAGGGUGGUAUGCUAUGACGACAGAUUCAUAGUGAAGUUGGCUUUUGAGUCAGAUGGCAUAAUUGUAUCUAAUGAUAACUACAGGGAUCUAGCUAAUGAAAAGCCAGAAUGGAAGAAAUUUAUUGAUGAGCGCCUCCUGAUGUAUUCAUUUGUCAAUGACAAAUUCAUGCCUCCAGACGAUCCUCUCGGCCGACAUGGCCCAAGUCUGGAGAACUUUCUGAGGAAGAAACCUGUUGUACCAGAACAUAAGAAGCAACCCUGUCCAUAUGGGAAGAAAUGCACUUAUGGACAUAAAUGCAAAUAUUACCACCCAGAAAGAGGAAAUCAACCUCAGAGGUCAGUAGCUGAUGAACUUCGUGCCAUGUCUAGGAACACAGCUGCCAAAGCUGCUGGUGAAGGAGUACUGGUGAAAAGCAACAGUGUUCCUUGUAGUACUAAGGCAGAUAACACUACAGAUCUCAAGCGAACUACUCCAAAGAGGCAAUCGGAUCCUAGCAUAAGGACUCAAGUCUACCAAGACUUGGAAGAAAAGCUUCCCACCAAAAAUAAAUUGGGAACCAGGUCUGUACCUUCUUUAGUUAGUAUACCAAGUUCUGCUGCUGCUGCAAAACCCCAAAGUACUGCACCUUUAACCAAUGGCCUUCCACCUGGAGUUCAUUUCCCACCUCAGGAUCAAAGACCACAGGGACCAUAUUCUCCAGUUACAAUGACAACCAAAAAUCAUGGAACGCCAAUGCCUUAUGAGCAGUAUCCCAAAUGUGAUUCCCCUGUGGAUGUAGGUUAUUACUCUAUGCUCAGUGCAUAUUCAAACCUCAGUAUCUCUGGUCCCCGAAGUCCUGAAAGACGUUUCUCUUUGGACACCGACUACAAAAUUAGUUCUGUGGCUUCUGAUUGUAGUAGUGAAGGGAGUAUGAGUUGCGGCAGUAGCGAUUCCUACAUGGGCUACAACGAUCGAUCCUAUGUGAGUUCUCCAGACCCUCAGCUGGAAGAGAAUCUAAAAUGUCAACAUCUGCAUCUCCAUAGCCAUCUAAACUCACAGUCCUUCUUACAGAGUUACCAUGAUACACUAACCAGAGUGCAGAGUUAUAGUCAUGAAGAACCAAAGCAUCAUCCGAAGCCUCCAGCUCCAUACAUGGCCGUGCACCUUCAGCAUCCAAACAUGGGAAGCCAUUCUACUUGUCCUAUUGACUACCCUGCUUCUCAGAGUUCUCCGCAUUCAAAAAGCAUACCUCUGGGGAGAGCUCUUGCAUCCACCAGACUGGACAGUGUAUCUGACUCACGUUUGUAUGAUAAUUCUCCAUUGAGAAAAAGGAAAACAUACUCCGCUCAAGAUGGACUCGGUAGUUGGGAUAGGCCAAUCUAUGGGAUGGAUACAUAUGGCUAUCGUCAAACUUACUCUUUACCUAGCAAUCCCAGCCCACCAUGUUAUGAGCAGUUUCCUUUCCAAAGCUUACCUGAGCAACCUGAUCAGCCUUGGCAGAUACCUUACUGUGGAAUGCCUCAAGACCUUCCAAGGUACCAAGACAGUCGAGAGAAAGUCUACAUCAACCUGUGCAACAUUUUCCCGCCUGAUCUGGUGAGGAUUGUUAUGAAAAGGAAUCCUCACAUGGCAGAUGCUCAGCAGCUUGCCGCAGCCAUUUUAGUGGAGAAGUCUCAGCUAGGUUAUUGAUGACAUGAUAUUGAUGAUGCAUCUUUAUGGUGUCUAUUAGUUCAGUUUCAGCUGUAUCGCUGAGGGAGGUUUGCUACAAUAGCAUUUGUGAUCUCCUUCUCAGCAAGGAGGUUAUAUAGUAAUCCAUAUAUGUGAAAUACUGUGCCAUGGAACCUGUAUGUACAACCCCACACACUAGAAGUAACAGGAUUUAUUUUAAAUACUCAUUUUUUAAAAAAAUCAUGGCUGGAAUGUCUCUCCAGCUGAAUAUAUUACAACUCUGAUGUCUCAAGUAAGAAUCCCUAGUGAAUGUGGGUUUUAUAUGCAGCACUUUUUAAUAUUUGUUACGUAUUUAUUAAAUUACUGGGUUAUCUUUCAAGUGCAAAGCAUUUUUUUUUCAAAAUAGCAGAAAACUGAAGAGGAUUUUAUGUGCUCAGCCAACUUUUUUUCAAGUCAAGCUUAUUAGGAUCUAUUUUUUCAUAAUUAAAUUAUUUAAUUUUAUUGUGUGAUUUUCUUUGUAUAUAAUCAUUAUAUUUAUAGAAAACAAGAGUUUCACAGCACUGAUUUUUUUUUAAUGUAUAAGUUACCAGUUUUUACAUUGAAAUGGGUAACAAUAUAUUAGUACUUUAUAGUAUGGCACUUUUUAAUUUGGCUAUGGAUUUAAUUUAUUUGUUGAUUACUGUUAAUUUUGGUGUAAGCAGAAGCAAUCAGUAGGAGAGAAACCUGUUUUUAUUAAUUUAUUAUACAGAUGAAAAAUACUUUAUGUGCAGGUUCUGAAAUUAUUGAGCUUAUCCAGUUCCUGACUGUCACAAGUUUGACUACAAAUAUAUCAAUUUAGGCAGCAGUCUUGUGCAGCCAAUGUACAUUUCCAUUAAUCAGAAAUGGCAUUGAAAAGUGUAUCUCUUGUUCCUUUACUUAAUGCACAGGUAUUUCAUAAAAUAACUGUUUUUAAAGAAACAAAAUGUGUUCUCAAUGCAAUUUUUGUAUAUAAGAUUGUGUAUUUUCAUGCUAUUUAUUGAGAAGGUUUUAACAUUGUGUUCAGGAUAUGCAACAUCUUAACUGCACUAUAGUAAUGGAAAUUAUAGAUGAAAACAGCACAUUCUUUUUGUGAAAUACUGUAUAGAAUUAGUUUGUCUAGCCUGUUGCAUUAUUCUUGCCAUGAACAACAUAACUUUAGAAGUAGACACUGUCAUCUCUUCUAGUAUUAGUAUGGGAGAUUUCUGGUUUUAAGUUUUGAGUUUUUCUAGCUCUUGUAAAAUGUAAUUUUACAUAAGUAGAGUAACAGUAGAUCUCACAGUGCCUGAUACCGUAAACAUCGUGAUUGACUGCUCAUGUAGUUGAAGUCCCUUAAGAGCUUCACACUGUGAUGAUUCCCAAGUUUACAUGAUCAUUGCUAGGUGGAUGACUGCAACUUGAAGAUGCUGUAGAACCAGAAAGUACCUACGCUGUUGAUACAAAUUGUAUCUUUAACUAUUAGAACUAUUUAAUUUAUAGAUCUAACUUUCUAAAAGAACAUUGAAUUGUGUGAAAAUGAUUUUAGACUUUGGGCAACAUUUUAUCUCUUAUUUUUUUAAAAAAAUUAUUUCAAACCUAAACUUUUUUUUUGUUUUAAUACCCCCGUGAUCAUUUAUCAUAAAACUGAGUAAGAUGAUAGCUAAAAAUAAUGAUAAAAUGCUGCCUAAAAAGAUGUCCAAGCACCUUUGAAUACAUUUUCGCUACUUAUGCAACACCGUGUGUUGUAAGAAGUAGGACGUUGAUACACAGUAAAUGCUUCUGCAAAGCAUUAUACUUUUAGAGGUAUCCAGUAAUCUGAACCAUGUUCAGCAACUUUAAUUCAGGAAUUACUCUUCUACAUUGUUCACUAUUGUAUAAUCAAAGAGGAUAUUGCUUCUGUUAGGUUCAUCUUACAUUUUGUCCAUGUCUCCUGAAGAAAAACCUCUUUCAAUAUUUCUUUAUCUUGUCCCCAACUUCCUUGCUUUUGCAGAAUAUAUUUUAUUGGAGAGAUUGUACAUUUUGCAUGGGUAUGCAGAUCCUCUUUCAUUUGAUAUAGAACUGACUGGUUGCAGAGGGCUUAUUAUUCACAUGUAAGUUCAAAGACUUGAUAACAAGUAUGCAUGCAUCCUUAAAAUAUAACUGGUGAGGGCAAAAUGCAGAAACAUGACUUCUGGAAUAGAAGCAUUUUAUAUUUAUUUUCAAUUGAUGUAUAGGGAGUCAUAUUUAGAUUGACUGCAGCAUCCUUUCUUGAAAAAAGGAUAUGAUUGUACAUUGUGUGCUAUAGUGUUAAAAUGUGCAAUUGCUGCACUUGUGUAAUGCAGAAUUUAAACACAUUGAAAAGAAAUGUGCUGGCUUAACUGAAUUUGGGGCACACGGCAGCUCUGCUUUGAUACUCAUCUUCAGAGCUGAUAUGGUCUUCUCUAGUUACAAUUAAAAGCAGGUUUCUCCCCCAUGCCACACAAAUGGCUCUGUUGUUUUUCCACUGAAAUAACUUAAUGUAACUGGCUCUACUGUGUACUGCAUUUUACAGAAAGCGCCAGAGUGUGAAAUAAUCGAUUUUCUGCCCUCGUUCUAUCAUUCUUCAAUAGGAAUACUUGGUUUGGGCUGUGUAAUUUUGCCAUUUUAUAAACUGUUGAAUUUGAUGAAGUUUAUUUUUGUUCCUUUUUGUGCUGCAUAGGUCUUUAAUAAGCUAUUUGAGUAAAGAGUAUUCUUUUUAAGUUCUAACAUUUAGAACAGGGAUCCCCAAACUUGGCAACUUUACGACUUGUGGACUUCCACUCCCAGAAAAUCCACUGUUAACUACCUGAGGCCUCGUAAGGCCCAAGAAACUCAAGGAUCAGUUGCUUACUAUUAAAUCCAAUCUGCUGAACAGGCUUGCUCUUGCUGGGGAAAAAUUGGAGGCAGAAAUGAAUUGUUCACCUCCCUGAACUCCUGGAAGAAAGGCAGGAUAUAUAACAUUCAACCCAAUGAUCUACUGUUAAUCCCUUUAGUUCAACUCUUUUUGUCAUGAUGCACCAGAUAUUCAGAGGCUGCCGUUAUUGUUCACCUCCUGAAACUGGUUCUUCUAGAGUAUAUUUCAGUAGGUUUUCAGAAAUGCUGUGUUGUGCUGGAAUAAAAAAAGAAAGUAAUUGCAGUAAAUCUGAUCUAUUUCAUACCAAAUGCUUGAUGAAAUUCAGAAACACACCCACCAACUCUAUGCACUUCCACUAACACAAGGAGUAUUCACAUUAUCUCAAAAAGAGUCUUUUCAGUGAGCAAAUUAAAAAAGCAUGCAUGAUUGGUGCAUUCAUGCAUAUCAAUUUUGGAUCCAGGCAAUUAUGAUUGUAAAGUUUAAAUGUAAUUUUAUUGGGUAAAUUUUUAGCUUUGAAUGUUCACACAGUUACACUUUAUUCCACAAUUACAAAAGUUGUCCUAGACAAAAUGAAAAUAUAACUAUGUUAUUAUUUGGCAGUUAGCUGAUGGAUAUCAAUAACUGAAACCAUUUCAGUAUUUGUAAUGUACGGAUACAUAGGAGUUCAUAGUAUUAUAUUUUGUGCAAAUACCUACAUUUGUACAAAUACUUUUUAAAGAUAAACUGAAGUUUUCAGUAGCUUUGUGUGUGUCACAUUAACAUUUUUGAAACCUCUAAUCUUUUUAAAAUUAAUAUGUUUUCUUAUAUAUGAGACUCAAAUAUUAUUUUUAGGAAAGUAUCAUUGUAUUGUCAUAGCUAACCUUUUAUUCCUAAAUUCCCAGGCAUAUCAAAAAUUAUUUUAUAUGAGAAAACAUAAUUGCAGCCACUUCUUUUUGCAGCUGCUGUGCAUUAGAAUGUCAUUUUAAAUCUGAUAAUUCUAUG